GAUUACAACAAACCAAAUCCUUUGCCUUUCUCUUGAGAAACAGAGAAAAGGGUAGCAAGAAUGAAUAGAUCAUUCUCUAUUCUACUUUCACUACUUUCUGCAUUUCUGUUUUCCAUUUCAUGGGAAGCUGCAGCUUCACACCCAGUUGAAGGAUCCAACUUUUUCCAAUGCCUUUCUCUUCAUUCUAAAUCCUUCAUUCCACUCUACACCAAAACCAAUUCUUCCUAUUCAACAAUCUUACAAGCUACUAUAGAUAACCUCAGAUGCUAUUCCCCUACAACACCAAAACCUCUGGUUAUUAUUACACCUUUGCAAGAAUCCCAUAUCCAAACAGCUGUUUUUUGUUCCAGAAGGUAUGGCUUACAGGUCAGAGUUCGAAGCGGCGGUCAUGACUACGAAGGCCUCUCCUACGUUGCAGAUUCUACCUUCAUCAUGAUUGACAUGACCAAUUUUAGAGAAAUCGAUGUCAAUACAGAAGAUAACACUGCCUGGGUUCAGGCUGGUUCAAUUCUUGGUGAACUCUAUUACAAAAUUGCAGAGAAAAGCAAGUAUCUUGGUUUCUCAGCAGGACUUUGCCCCACCAUUGGUGUUGGUGGACACUUCAGUGGAGGUGGUUUUGGUCCCAUGGUGAGAAAGUAUGGCGUCGCUGCUGAUCACAUUAUCGAUGCUCGAAUGGUUGACUGUAAGGGUAGAAUUCUCACCAGAGCAACCAUGGGGGAAGAUCUGUUUUGGGCAAUCAGAGGAGGUGGAGGUGCAAGCUUUGGUGUUAUAAUCUCAUAUAAGAUAAACCUUGUUGCUGUCCCACCUACUGUUACUACUUUUAGUGUGUCCAAGACUUUAGAAGAAGGUGCUUCUAAGCUUCUCUACAGAUAUCAACAAGUUAUUGACAAGCUCCAUGAAGAUCUCUUCAUCAGAGUUUCCAUUCUUCCUACUACCAGUAAGAGUGGGAACAGCACCAUACUGGUAGCAUUCAACUGUUUGUUCCUUGGUGGUGCCAAAGAUCUCCUCCCAUUGAUCACCACUGGCUUCCCUGAAUUGGGGGUUGGAAGCAAUGACUUCAAAGAGAUGAGUUGGCUCCAAUCUGUAGUUUUUUUCGCCGGUUACACCAACGGAGAAUCCACAGAUAUCUUACUCAACAGAACACCUCAAUUCAGAGGCUACUUCAAGGCGAAAUCAGACUUUGUCAAGGAGCCCAUCCCAGAGAGUGUUUUGGAAAAUCUAUGGCAAAUACUCUUGGAAGGUGAGACUUUCUUGAUGUUUUUCCUUCCUUUUGGUGGAAAGAUGAAUAAGAUUCCAGAAUCUGCAAUUCCUUUCCCACACAGGAAGGGGAACAUAUAUAACAUUCAGUAUGUGGUGAGAUGGACAGAACAAGACAAUCCACAAGCUGACAAACAUAUAGCUUGGAUCAGAAAGCUGUAUGACUUCAUGGCUCCUUAUGUUUCAAAGAACCCUAGAGAAGCAUAUCUCAAUUAUAGGGAUCUUGACUUGGGCAGGGAUGGUAGUGGUGAAACAAGCUAUUCUCAAGCUGUGGCUUGGGGGUCCAAGUAUUUCAAGAAUAACUUCAAUCGUUUACUGCAUGUGAAGACCAAGGCUGAUCCAGGUAAUUUCUUCAGGAAUGAACAAAGCAUUCCACCACUAAGGAUGAUGGAUGUAGAGGAUGUUCUCAUUAAUAAAUAAGGUGCUUACUAAUAGAUGAAAAAAGGAGGAUAAUAAAGUCAUCAAGGGUGUAAUGCAUGAAAAUGUUUAGAUAGGAUAGUUCAAUUUUUUUUUUUCUUAUAUGCUUUGUAUUUCAAUUAGACAAGAUUAUCAAAAGUUUGUAUUGACAGUUGCUUUAUGUAAUUCUAUAUUUUUCAUUAUCGUA